AUGGCUGAAGGCAAAGAAAUAAUUCACCUACAUGAAUUACUUGCCAUUGAAAGUAAUAACGUUUGCUUUGAUUGUGGAUCAGUAGGACCUACAUGGGCCUCCUUGUCACACGGAAGUUUUAUUUGUCUUACAUGCUCAGGAAUCCAUAGAGGGUUUGGACUACAAAUUAGCUUCGUUAAGAGCAUCACGAUGGAUUCGUGGACCUCUAGGCAGCUGCUUUACAUGAAAAACGGUGGAAACGCUAAUUUAAAGGCAUUUUUUGACGAAUACAAGAUAAUGGAUUUGCCAAUCACAUCCAGAUACAAAACUGAAGGAGCAGCUUACUACAGAAGACGCUUAAGAGCAAUUGUUGAUGGAACUCCAGUACCACCAGUACUUGACCCAGUAAUUGCACUUCAACCAGAGUCACAAAUGUCUGAUUAUUAUACAAACACAUCUACAGAAUCAGAAUCUAACACCAGCGAAAGUAAGAAACAUUACUCAAAGAAGAAAUUGCCUUACUCAUCAAAUUUGAUCCACUCAGACGUGUUCAAUUCGCUCGGAACUACAUUAGGAUCAUUCGUUCAAACAGCCUGUGCAAACGCAGAAAGAGCAGUGUCAGAUAUACAGUCAAGUCAAGUUUUUGAUAACGCUAAAGGAGUAUUUGAAACUGGAAAGGUGUGGUUCAAAGACAAAAGUAAGAAAUUGGCCUCCCAAGUACAGGACCCAGAAUGGUGGGAAGAUAAAGAAGCAAAAGCGAAAGUAGGAGCACAGAAGUUCGCAAACCAAUUGUCACAUGCUGCAAGUAAUGCAUCGGAAUGGUUCCAAAGAAUUGUUACAGGAAUACCGCCUUCCCCUAACUCUCCACACGCAGCGUUCGAUGAUCAUAACUAUGGCGCUUCGUCUGGCCCACAUAACAACCCGGUAGGUGUUAGUGGAGGAGCAUCACUUUGGAACAGCCAACCGAGAGAUUUUGACGAAUCAGAUCCCCUAAUGAGUCAUUUUAAAAAGCCCAGUUUAAAGUGA